CCUCUCUGCUUCCAUUUCUCCUCUCUGUCUAUUCUCUCAUUCCCUCUCUCCCUCUCUCAUUCCCUCUCUCCCUCUUUCUCAGCAGAGCGACUUCCCCCUUUACCCUCGUCACCUCCUUUCUCUCUUUCUCUCUCCCCCCUUCUCUCCAUUCCGUUUUCUGCCUUUUCUCCCGACCCUGCUUCCUCCCCCCUCUUUUUCACUCCUCAGUCCCUUUCUCCUUUUCCUUUUAUUCUCUCAUUUCUUCAUCUCUCCCUCCAUGUUUAUGGUGAAUCUCUGACCGGCAGAAAUAGAAGCUCUUUCUCUCUCUCUCCCUCGUUCCCUCUCUUGCUCUCUCUGUCCCUCCCUCUCCUGCUUAGCAUUCUCUCUCUCUCCCUCUCUCCCUCCCUCCCUCCUUCCCUCCCUCCCUCCUUGCUCGCUUUCCGUGUCUGUUUCAGUCAGUCCAGAAAAAAGAAGAGAGAGCGUAGAAGGGAAAGAAAAGAAGGGAUAGGCAGGUAGACGGAAGGAGGGGAAGGUUGGGGAGGGUGUGGGGGUCCAUCCCUCGGUCUUGGGGGAGCUGAGCUGAACCCCACUUGUUUCUCUUCAGUAUCAUGGACUGUCUCUGCAUUGUGACUACAAAGAAAUACAGGUACCAAGAUGAGGAGACGCCCCCCCUGGAGCACAGCCCCACCCACCUGGCCCACGGAAAGAGCGGUGAGCUGCUGCACGCGAGCGACAGAAACCUGGCUGCCAUGGAUACCGGUCACGGGUACACAGCCCAUUCACACCUGUCACCAAUCAAGCCGGAGAUGCUGUCUACUGGCCACACCCCCCUCUACACCUCCGCAGUCUCCACGCUGGCUAAUUCUCCUCCUAUGAUGGUGAACACAGAAACACUGGAUGGCUCUCCUUAUGUGAACGGGAUGGAAGGAGAGAUGGAGUACGAGGAGAUCACUCUGGAGCGGGGUAACUCUGGCCUGGGGUUCAGUAUUGCUGGGGGCACAGAUAACCCCCAUGUGGGGGACGAUCCCAGCAUCUUCAUCACCAAGAUCAUCCCUGGGGGGGCAGCCGCUCAGGACGGCAGACUCAGGGUGAAUGACUGCAUCCUGUUUGUGAACGACGUGGACGUGCGGGAGGUGACGCACAGCCUGGCCGUGGAGGCGCUGAAGGAGGCCGGCGCCAUCGUCCGGCUCUACAUCCUGCGCAGAAAACCCGCAGCAGAGAGAGUCACCGAGAUCAAACUCAUCAAGGGCCCCAAAGGGUUGGGGUUCAGUAUAGCUGGGGGUGUGGGGAACCAGCACAUCCCCGGAGACAACAGCAUCUACGUCACCAAGAUCAUCGAGGGAGGGGCAGCUCACAGGGACGGGAGACUACAGAUCGGGGACAAAAUACUGGCUGUGAACACGGUGUGUCUGGAGGACGUGAUGCACGAAGACGCCGUCGCGGCGCUGAAGAACACGGCGGAGGUGGUGUACCUGAGGGUGGCCAAGCCCACCAGCCUGUACCUGACCAACUCCUACAACCCACCUGACAUCACCAGCUCAUACUCACACCUGGACAAUGAGAUGGGCCACCCCAGCUACAUGGCCUCAGAUUACCCACAAGCCCUGACUCCCACCUCCCCCAGUCGCUACUCCCCAAUCAUGAACAUGCACCCCGGGAUGCUGGGAGACGACGACAUUCCCAGGGAGCCCAGGAGAGUGCUCAUCCACAGGGGGCUGACAGGUUUGGGGUUUAAUAUCGUAGGAGGUGAGGAUGGUGAGGGAAUCUUCAUCUCGUUCAUUCUGGCGGGCGGGCCUGCUGACCUGAGCGGGGAGCUGCGCAAGGGGGACCAGAUACUGAGUGUAAACGGAGUGGACCUCCGCUGUGCCACACAUGAGCAGGCAGCAGCUGCCCUGAAAAACGCUGGACAGACGGUCACCAUCAUCGCCCAGUACAGACCAGAGGAGUACAGUCGGUUCGAGGCGAAGAUUCAUGACCUGCGGGAGCAGCUAAUGAACAGCAGCAUGGGCUCCGGAACCUUGAGAAGCGCAAAGAGAGGCUUUUACAUCAGGGCCCUGUUUGACUACGAUAAGACGGCGGACUGUGGGUUCCUGAGCCAGGCCAUGGGCUUUGGGUUUGGGGAGAUCCUGCAGGUGCUGGACUGCGGGGAUGAGGAGUGGUGGCAGGCCCGACGGGUCAGUGUGGAGGGAGAGACUGAUGAGAUCGGCUUCAUCCCCAGCAAGAGGAGGGUGGAAAGAAAAGAGUGGUCCCGUUUGAAAUCGAAAGAAAGGGACCGGAGUCGGGACAGUCUAGGAUCUCAAGGGAGAGAUGACUCCAUACAGAGCUAUGAGACAGUGACACAAGUGGAAGUACAUUAUGCGAGGCCGAUCAUAAUUUUGGGUCCAACGAAGGACAGGGUGAAUGAUGACCUGCUUUCCGAAUUUCCCGACAAGUUCGGGUCCUGCGUUCCCCACACCACGCGGCCAAAGCGGGAGUACGAGGUGGAUGGGCGGGACUACCACUUCGUGUCGUCACGGGAACAGAUGGAGAAGGACAUCCAGAGCCACCGCUUCAUCGAGGCCGGGCAGUACAACAGCCACUUGUACGGCACCAGCGUCCAGAGCGUCCGGGAGGUGGCCGAACAGCAGGGGAAGCACUGUAUCCUGGACGUCUCAGCUAACGCAGUGCGACGGCUACAGGCGGCGCAGCUGCACCCCAUCGCCAUCUUCAUCCGGCCCAGAUCGCUGCAGAACGUGCUAGAGAUCAACCCGCGGCUGACGGACGAGCAGGCUCGGAAGGCCCUGGACCGCGCCAUCAAGCUGGAGCAGGACUUCAUCGAGUGCUUCUCAGCCAUUGUGGAAGGGGAGAGCUUUGAGGAGGUGUACCACAAGGUGAAGUCUGCCAUCGAGGAGCAUUCUGGGCCUUACAUCUGGAUACCCACCAGGGGGAGACUGUGAGGCAGCCCCUUCUGCAUUCAUACCUGUGCACUUAGAGACGCAGAGGGGGAGAGGGAGCGAGGGAGCAAGGGAGAGAGAGAGAGCUGCUUCCUGUGCUCUGGGACCGAGGCGACCCUCCUCCUCCUGCCUGCAUCCCUCUCUUCUCUCCUCCUCCCUGCACACAGACGCCUUUCCACUGCAAUCUGAGGGAGACGAUGGAGGAGUGGGAGAGAGGGAGAGAGAAAGAGAGAGAGAGAGAGAGAGAAAGGGGGAGAGAGGGGGAGGCUUGGUAAUAAGCACAGGAAAACAAAUGCCUCCCCAUACUAUCCGCUCUUCUUCCUCUUUCUCUCUUCCCCCAUCUCUCUGAGGCUCUCAUCUUUCCUUCCAUCUUUCCUUUUUUCUCUGGAUCUCUCCUUCUCUUCCUCCCUCCCUCCACGUCUCCUGGCUCCCCUGCAGAGCAGCACACUGUAACACCAGAGACGGAGUCGGUCUGAGGAGGAAUCCUUUCUUUCUUUGCACUUCUCCUCUUCUCUUGCUCCCCCGCUCCCUCCUUCCCUCUCUCUCUCUCUCUGAAAGGACAGAGACGGAAAGAGAGAGAGAGAUUGCGUUGCUGGACAGGACUGCUGAAUGCAACGCAGCCACCGCCAGGACUAACUUGUAUGAUAGAAAAACAAAUUGAAUUGUUAUUGAACUGUGAAAAAUAUAUAUUGAUAACAAUAAUAAUAAUAAUCUAAAUAUCUAUAUCAAAUGAACUGAUGUUUCUAUAAAGGGGGAAAACACAGCCACUGAAAUUCUCUCAAUCGCCAACAACCAAACAGUUUUUUUUCAGAACGCCUGGAAAAAAAGAUUUUUUUUCUUUUUUUUUUUGGUUUUGGAAAAGAGGAGACCUUUUCCUGCUGAAUUAUGUGCAUGCGUUCUCAAAACCCGACGACCACAACGACAGGGCACUGAGGACAGACAGACAGACACUCCCAUAAAGGGAGAGAAAAAGAAAAUGGAUGAAGAAAGGAUGGUGAUAAAGGAGUAGAAGUGAGGGAUGGAAUCAUCAUAUCAUUGCAUCACGUGACAGAGAAAAGGGAAAAAGAGAGUUGAAGACGAAAGCUCAAAGAAAUAAUCAGAAAAGGCUUUACCUCAGUUUCUUUCUCUCUCUUUCUGUCUUUCUGUCUCUCUCUCUUUCUUUCUCUCUCUCUGCUGUAACUCAAAUGGAACCUUCUUGUGACUUCUCCACGUUUGUCUGUUAGGUCUGUCCAUUCCCCUGCCCAGUUUGGCAUUAAGAUGCUUUCGUCAAGUAAUUAUAGGGGGUUUUAAAAAACUACAUUACCCAUGCUCCUCGGGUUCUGACAAUCCAAUGACAUCAUGCAGCGGUAUACAUUGGAUUCACCCGAUGCCACUUCCUGUAUUUGCUGCCACUCGAGGGCUUGGCCUGUGCUUGAAAGGUCAUGUGGACUAAAAGAUUCGCUAGGUCACAGCGGAGCCAAAAUGGCCGCGAGCAGUAACUUCCCUGUCUCUCCUUCCCUCUUAUCUCUCUGCUCCCUCUGCUUCUUCACAGAAGAACGGGACAUUCAGACCGUACAUUAGAGAUAAAAGACAAAUGUAAAAAUGAAAUAUCAUCUAUAUUUUUUAACAAACUGACAGAUUCUAACAGGACUAUAAAUUUUGUUUAACGGCUUCACAUUAUUCUUUUGGAAUGAAUGUUUCUUCUUUUUUUUUAAGCGUUAUUAAUUUAUUUAUUUAUUUUACAUUGAGUUUUUCUUCUGAUUGGCUGAUUGUUCUUGAGGUUUUAUUGUGCGUUGGGCUUGGCUCUAAAAAUGUUUAAUAGCAAUCAAAAUCACACUGCAAUAUAAUUAGAAAAAAAAGAAUUUUUUUAUGCUGUAGCAAAGUGUUUUUUUUUUUGUUUGUUUAUUUGACAAGUUCAGAGGGAAAUCUGUCAGGUCUUGCACUUCCUGUCGGUGGCCAUCUUGAAGCCGAACCAAAAAGGAAAACCGUGAGAUGGAAUGACGUCACACGGACUGUGGACUUCUAAAACUUAGCGGGGAGGGGCCGGGGAAGCUUUGUUAUUCAACAGGCGUUAAUAUUAAUACCGGCAGAAUCCUCGGCAUUCCGGACCGCUAACGGAAGGGCGCGAUGCCACGCGGACAGAGAUGCCGCCAGCCCUCUCUGGAUCGUCGUGGUUACCGGGAGAAAAUCCGUUUGAACCGGUGAAUUAUUCAUCAUUUGGCCCAAAUGAAUUUUUACAGGAAGCGCAGAUGUCUGGCUAAGCCGGUUCACAUAUUUUUUUUCCUCAAAGGAAGGUUUUAGUUAUUUUAAUUUUUUAUUUUUUAAACGUCCAAACUGCCGCAGGCUUUAAAGGAAGCUAAACAAGAGAGGGCUCUGACUUAACUUUGACCUUUGACCCUUGACCCUUAAAACCAGAACCUGAGGGACUCUUACAAUGACUCACAGGGAUGGAGAGACUGUAGGCUGCACACAAACCAAGCUGCUGAAAAAAACAAGCGGGUCAGGUCUCCUGGUUUGUGUGUGUGUGUGUGUGUGCGUGCAUGAGAGUGUGAGAGAGAGUGUGUGUGUCUGUGUCUUUGUGUGUGUGUGUGUGUGUGUGUGUGUGUGUCUAGGAACACCCAGUCUGUGAUGUCAUGGCUAACAGCUUUGACCAACAGAUUCCGAAGGUGUUUCUGUUCACUUAUUAACUUGAAAGUGUUUACAACAGUGGUGUCAAACCAAAUGUGAAGGGGGCCGCAGUGUCUGUGGGCUUUUGUGGUUUCCUUUCAAUCAGCUGCCAAUUGAGGUCUUGUAGAAUCAUUAGCUAAUGACUUAAAUGAAUCACUUGUGCUGAGAACACCACAAAAACUAGCAGACACUGCGGCUGUCCAGGACUGGAGGUUGACACCUGUGGUUUACAAGGUCAGUGACCCUCCAUCUGCAGCUAGGGGGCAGUGCUGAGUCAUUGGAGAGGCCCUGAUGAUAGUGUGUGCGUGUGUGUGGGUGGGCGUAGCAAGAAGAUGCCACAGGAUCUUGAAUUUCAAAGGUUUACACUAAUAGUGCAAGAGAGGAGAGAAAUGAUGUACCUUUUAUGUACUUUAUG